CAAAUAUUGCAAAAUGUGCCGCAACGUUUUGAGCAAAAUUUUAUUAUUGCAUGGAGAGUCAUGGUGCAAAUUUUCAACAUUUAUUUGCCUAACGGGUUAGCCUCCGGUUUUCCGGAUCUUCGCACAUGCUUGCUCAACCAGAAACUGCAAAUGCUUAACUGUUGCAUAGAAAGGAAAUUGGCACGUGAAAGCUCCCAAACACAGUUCGAUUCUGCCGAAAAUUCUGAUGACGAAGAGUUCUUUGACUGUUCCUCGGAGAAAACUGAAGAGGAAAAUAGGAAGAAACACUCGCUGUGGAACCAGCCAGUUGGAAGAUUGAGCAAAUUUGGUGACAUGAAGCUCUUGAAGACUGGAGAUCCUCUCUACAUUCCGAUAACCCAAGAACCCGUAUUAAAGACCGAGGAUCAGCUGGAAGAAGAUACCGACGUCCUUCUGAAACUGGGAUCAAACGCUGAAGCUACUGAGUUGAGAGCUAGAAUCAUGAGUGCUUCUCUGUUGUCUGAUAUGGAAAGCUUUAAAGCUGCUAAUCCUGGUUCUAUUGUAGAAGAUUUCAUAAGGUGGUAUUCUCCUAGAGAUUGGAUAGAGGAAGAAGAACUGGAUGAAUGGGGGCAAAAGAAAGGUCACCUUAGUCCGAGGAUGCUAAUAGAAGAUAAUAAUAUUUGGGUGCAAAUGUGGGAGUCUGCCAAACCUGUACCAGCCAGCAGGCAGAAAAGGUUGUUUGAUGAUACGAGAGAAGCUGAGAAGAUUUUGCAAUUUUUGGAUUUUAGAACUAUCGGACAAAUAUGCCAAUUAAUAAUGCCAGUCCUUGCCCAUUGCGCCAUCUACCGGCUAGCUGAAGAGGCUCAACUAGUUUCUACGGAACUCGGCGAUGCAGCUGUUAAAAUUCAAAGCUUGCUGCGAUACGGUGAAAGGAUUUCAAGGGACGUGACGUUUCAGCCGAGGCGAUUCAAGGCUUUCAUCCAAGAGGUGACAGCACUGGAGCUGUUGAUAUCGCAGGUGAAAUCUCUGCAGUACAAAUUCAACCCAUCUGGAGCACAAAACGAAGCUAUCAGUCUAAUGGUGGCCGAAAUGGUAGCCGGUAAAGAAGUUGUGAUCGAAAACAAAGAUACGUCCGAGGUUGGAGGAAGAUUGCUGGCGAUGUUCACGGAAGUACAGAGGAUCUCGAAUUUGGGAGCGACUGAAGGUGGAGAAAGCACCCAGAAUGUAGUCAGCAGAUCCGUGUUUCCAACACCUGCUGCAAAGGAGUUUGUACUGCGAUUAAACGCGCCGAAACCAGCUAGUUAUUCAGCGAACUGUCCGCAGUUUUUGAGGGCGGUGUUGACUAGGGAUGAUUUUAGGCUCUGCGGAGCGUUUUCAAGCGAUGUUGCGUUCUUCUAGCUUUGCUUGUACUUAUGGACCAGUUGCACAAAACAACAGUAAAUCCGGCUUGAUCUGAAAUGAUUUUGGAAAUAUUUCGGUCUCUCCCUGGAAGUACUUUAAAUUUCGAAACUUUCUAAGCGGCAUUUGUUGAUUACCUAAAUACGCAAUUUUGUUCCCAUUUAAGCCACUUUGGAUCUCUUACAAUUUUCGAGAUCCCAAUGAUGGGGGUCGAAUUUGAAACACCCUGUAUAGGUAAUUCGUUCAAAGAGCGUUAGAUUCAAACAUCUCUGGUACAUCUUCAUACUUGAAAGUCCAAUACUUUGAUCGUUUGAAUUGGAUACAAGCUUCAUAGGGAGACGAAUAGGUAUAGGUGUGCAGGAAGUGACACACCAAAAGUUGGCACUAUUUUUUAACUAGUUAAAAAAAGGCGCUUUUAAUAUUAUUGCAAACAGAAACGUAUAACUGACUGAUUUAAAUUGCGCGCCAUUUUUGAUACCCGCACGUCAGUAAGUGGCGCCGUAGUAGUUGUUUAAAGCACAUGUGUCCAAUCAUCACACGACCUCACAACGCGUCCGUAUUGUUAAAACUUUUUACUUGAGUUGUGACUCGAUUCAGAAGCUACAAGAAUUCGGUCGAAAUUAGUUAGUGUGGAAAUUGGAACAAACAGGUGAAGUUUAAGACUUGCCAAGAAUCAUGGUUUUGAAUAGUUGAAAAUUUUGAAAAUCUAGGAAAUCUCGAAAAUCUUGAAAAAUCAUGAAAAUAUUGAGUCUUGAAAUCAUGAAAAUCUUGAAACCCUGAAAACGUCGAGGAACUUGAAAACGUUAAAAACCUCGAAGAUCUUGAAAAUCCUGAAAAUCUUGAAAAUGUUGAAAAAUCUGUAAAUCUUAAAAAUCUGGAAGAUCUUGAAAAUCUCGAAAAUCUUAAAAACCUCGAAGUCUUGAAAAUCGUGAAAAUCAUAAAAAUGUUGAAAACCUUGGAAGUUUUGAAGAACCUGUAUUUCUAGAAAAUGUUGAAGAUCUUGAAAAUCUUGCAAAUCUCGAAAAUCUUAAAAACCUCGACGAUCUUGAAAAUCGUGAAAAUGUUGAAAAUCUUAAAAAUCUUGACAAUCUGAUUAACGUUGAAAAUCUUGAAAACCUUAAAAAUCCUAAAAAAUCUUGAAAACCCUGAAAAUCGUUAAAAUCUCGAAAAUCAUUAACGACUUUUUUAAAACAGACUUGCAUUUACGGCCAAACAAAAUUCAGUUAACCCAAGAUUUACAGCCUAGUAGUGACCAUGAAAGUCGCCGACAAUACAGUCAUGCAAUAUUGCAGCUCAAUAUCCAAAGUUCUUGUAAAUACUGCUGUUUUGCAGAAUCUGAGAAUCAUGGUUUUUGAAUAGUUGAACAUUUGGAAAAUCUUGGAAAUCUCGAAAAUCUUGAAAAUCAUGAAAAUAUUGAGCCUUGAAAUCAUGAAAAUCUUGAAAUUUUUGAAUCUUGAAAACCUCGAGGAACUUGAAAAUUCUGAAAGUCUUGAAAAUCUCGAAAAUCUUAAAAACCUCAGGGAUUUUAAAAACCCUGAAAGAUCUUGAAAAUGUUGAAAACCUUGGAAAUCUUGAAAAUCCUGGAAAAUCUCGAUAACCUCGAAGAUCUUCAAAAUCGUGAAAAUCUUGAUAAUCGUUAAAAUUUCGAAAAACGUGAAUAUCCUGAAUAUCUUGAAAACGUGAAAAUCAUGACAAUCUCUAAAAUCUUGAAAAUCUUGAAAAAUCUAGAUAACCUCUAAGAUCUUGAAAACCCUGAAAAUCGUGAAAAUCUUGAAAAUCGUUAAAAUCAUGAGUCUUGAAAUCAUGAAAAUCUUGAAAUUUUAAAAUCUUGAAAACCUCGAGGAACUUGAAAAUUCUGAAAGUCUUGAAAAUCUCGAAAAUCUUAAAAACCUCGAAGAUCUCGAAAAUCCUGAAAAAUCUUGAAAAUGUUGAAAACCUUGGAAAUCUUGAAAAUCCUGAAAAAUCUCAAUAACCUCGAAGAUCUUGAGAAUCCUGAAAAUCGCGAAAAUCUCGAAAAUCGUUAAAAUCUCGAAAAUCUUGAAAAUCAUUAAAAACUCGAAAAUCUUGAAAAUCUUAAAAACCUCGAAGAUCUUGAAAAUCCUGAAAAAUCUUGAAAAACUUGAAUAUCCUGAAUAUCUGGAAAACGUGAAAAUCAUGACAAUCUCUAAAAUCUUGAAAAUCCUGAAAAAUCUAGAUAACCUCGAAGAUCUUGAAAACCCUGAAAAUCGCGAAAACCUUGAAAAUCGUUAAAAUCUCAAAAACUUGAAUAUCCUGAAAAUCUUGAAAACGUGAAAAUCAUGACAAUCUCUAAAAUCUUCAAAAUAUUGAAAAAUCUAGAUAACCUCGAAGAUCUUGAAAACCCUGAAUAUCGUGAAAAAUCUUGAAAAUCGUUAAAAUCAUGAAAAUAUUGAGUCUUGAAAUCAUGAAAAUUUUGAAAUCUUGGAGACCUCGAGGAACUUGAAAAUUCUGAAAGUCUUGAAAAUCACGAAAAUCUUAAAAACCUCGAAGAUCUUGAAAAUCCUGAAAAAUCUUGAAAAUGUUGAAAACCUUGGAAAUCUUGAAAAUCCUGAAAAAUCUCGAUAACCUCGAAGAUCUUGAAAAUCCUGAAAAUCUUAAAAAUCGUUAAAAUCUCGAAAAUCUUGAAAAUCUUAAAAACCGCGAAGAUCUUGAAGAUCCUGAAAAAUCCUGAAAAUCUUGACAACCUUGGAAAUCUUGAAAAUCCUGAAAAAUCUAGAUAACCUCGAAGGUCUUGAAAACCCUGAAAAUCGUGAAAAUCUCGAAAAUCUUAAAAACCUGGAAGAUCUUGAAAAUGCUGAAAAAUCUUGAAAACCGUGGAAAUCAUGAAAUUACUGAAAACCGUGAAAAUCUUGAAAUUCUUAAAAAUCUUGAAAAUCUCGAUAACCUCGAAGAUCUUGAAAAUCCUCACAAUCGUGAAAAUCAUUAAAAUCUCGUAAAAUCUUGAAAACGUGAAAAUCCUGAAAAUCUCGAAAAUCUUGAAAAUCUCAAAAAUUUUAAUAAACUUGAAAAUUCACAAAUAUUCAAUAUUCGAAUUAGUCAAUUUCUGGGGGAAGAGGAUGCAAUUAAUAAUAUCUGCGUUUGUGUUAAAACGAAAAUUCAAACUUACUUACCAACACUAAUAAAUCGAUGGCGCUAGACGGAAUAACAUUGAGAAUCUAUGAUCGUACUUGUCUCGUUACCGAAUACCCAAAAAUGUGUGAUGUACAAGGUGGCCGAAAUGUAACUGACUGGUUUGUAUCUUGAAUAUUUGUGAAAUGAAAUAAAAUACGUCCAUUUGUUUCAUCUUAAUAUUUUAUUGAACCUUAGAAAUUAUGUGUGAAAAAUAGUAUCAAAGAAAUGUCCGCCUAUAGAAGUCGCGCAAACCUGAGCCCUCUUGAUUACAUUUGCCAACACUUAUUGGUAGGUUUCGGGAGAAAUAUUUUCAAUUGUUUCCUUAAUAUUGUUCUUGCGUUGCUCUACACUAUUUGGUUUAUUGGCGUAAGCCCUAUUUUUUUGGAAAAUCCCCAUAUAAAACAAAGUCACGAGCUGUUGAAUCCGGUGACCUUGGUGGCCAGUUGACAUCACCAGAUCGACAAAUUAAACGUCCCGGAAAUAUUGUUCACAAAAGAUUCAGCUGUGUGACAAGUUGCUCCGUCCUGCUGGAACCACAUGUUUUGCGCUUUAAAUUACCUGCAGCGUCUUCAAAGAAGUAAGGUUCAAUGAUGCCUCCAUACCAAACCAAACCAAACUGUGACUCGACGAGGAUGUAGUUGUCGUUGAUGGAUGACACAAGGGUUUUCUAAUGCCCGGACAUGACAAAUCUGCUUAUUAACAAAUUCGUUGAUAUCGCAGUGGGCUUCAUCGCCCAUUAUCAGUUGUCGUUAAAAAUCGUUAUUUUAAAGAUUUUUCAGGAUUUUCAAGAUCUUCGAGGUUUUUAAGAUUUUCGAUGUUGUCAUGAUUUUCACGUUUUCAAGAUUUUCAGGAUAUUCAAGUUUUUCGAGAUCAUAACGAUUUUCAAGAUUUUCACGAUUUUCAAGAUCUUCGAGGUUAUCGAGAUUUUUCAGGAUUUUCAAGAUUUUCAAGGUUUUCAACAUUUUCAAGAUUUUUCAGUAAUUUUAAGAUCCUCGAGGUUUUUAAGAUUUUCGAGAUUUUCAAGACUUUCAGAAUUUUCAAGUUCCUCGAGGUUUUCUAGAUUUCAAAAUUUCAAGAUUUUCAUGAUUUCAAGACUCAUUAUUUUCAUGAUUUUCAAGAUUUUCGAGAUUUCCAAGAUUUUCAAAAUUUUCAACUAUUCAAAACCAUGAUUCUCAGAUUAUGGCAAAACCGCAAGAACUUUGGAUAUUGAGCUGCAAUAUUGCAUGACUAUUGCAAGUCUUUUUUAAAAAAGUCGCAUAAUGACGUGCGACGAAUACCCAGUUCUUGGGGACGAUGUCUGGUAGACGUCUCAGGGCGCUCCACUUCACUUUCACGAACUCUCUCGAUAUUUUCCUUAGCACGAACAGUUCGAACUCGGCCCGACCAUGGCAAGUCUUUAACUUGACCCGUUUGUUCAAAUUUCUGCACCAACUGACGAAUUGUAUUGAGACUGGGCUCAUUAUUUUGACCGAAUUCUUGUAGCUUCCGAAUCGUUGUAACAAUCGACUCAUUAUUCAAGUAAAACGUUUUAACAAUACGGACGCGUUGUGGGAUCGUGUGAUGAAUUGGACACAUGUGCUUUAAACAACUAUUACAGCGCCACCUACAGAAAUGUGUGUAUCAAAAAUGGCGCGCAAUUUAAAUCAAUCAGAUAUAUAUUGGCCACCCUACAUUGCUGCGAUUGCAUCCGUUUAAUAAACGGUAUUUGGGAUAGCAGACAAUUCAAGAUGUUAUGGUUAACUUUGGAUACGCAAAAAGCUUUGUAUUGUAAUUUUUAGACAUUGUUAUUGCGAUUCUUUUUAUACGGUGGUUAUAGG